AUGAAGAAGUUGUUGUUAUCAGUGAGAGUCUACAGACCGGUCUCAGGAGAGUCUACAGACCAGUCUCAGGAGAGUCUACAGAGCGGUCUCAGGAGAGUCUACAGAGCGGUCUCAGGAGAGUCUACAGAGCGGUCUCAGGAGAUUCUACAGAGCGGUCUCAGGAGAGUCUACAGACCGGUCUCAAGAGAGUCUACAGACCGGUCUCAGGGGAGUCUACAGAGCGGUCUCAGGGGAGUCUACAGAGCGGUCUCAGGAGAGUCUACAGAGCAGUCUCAGGAGAGUCUACAGACCGGUCUCAGGAGAGUCAACAGAGCGGUCUCAGGGGAGUCUACAGACCGGUCUCAGGGGAGUCUACAGACCGGUCUCAGGAGAGACUACAGAGCGGUCUCAGGAGAGUCUACAGAGCGGUCUCAGGGGAGUCUACAGAGCGGUCUCAGGAGAGUCUACGGACCGGUCUCAGGAGAGUCUAUGGACCGGUCUCAGGAGAGUCUACGGACCGGUCUCAGGAGAGUCUACGGACCGGUCUCAGGAGAGUCUACGGACCAGUCUCAGGAGAGUCUACGGACCGGUCUCAGGAGAGUCUACAGAACGUUGGCUCUUGGGCCAAGAGCCAACUUUUGGUCCAUCCUGUAA